AUGACAUGGAUUUUAUCUUUCAUAUUUCUUCUUCCCGAAACUUAUGUAAUAAGUUACAGUGAUGAGAAAAAGGGGUGUGCUUUCUUUUUCCCUGAUUGGCUCGGUAAAGCUGAUUCAGUCUUAUGGCUCUUUGCUAUAGGUCUCUUCCCGCUAGGAGCCAUGGGAAUUAUGUACGGCCGCGUGGUACGACGGUUAUGGUUUUCGGGCGACCAAACUUCAAACGUAUCCCAGAGGGCAAUGCUACAGUCGCGGAAACACGUGACUAAGACGGUUUUAUUGAUAACUGUGGUUUUAGCAAUUUCUUGGCUUCCAAACCUUAUUUACUACUUUUUGGAGUCUUUUAAAUUCAUCAACGACACAAGGACAAUAGUUACGAACGUUGGUUCGUCAGAGCACUUAUUUCGCCUCGUCACGUAUAUAUUCAUAUCAGUUAAUUCAACCAUUAACCCCGUUAUCUACGCAGCCCACGACAGAGCUUUUCGACGCCACAUGUGGAGACUAGUAACUAAAGGAUGCAAAUCUCGUAAUAAUAAGGUCAUAGGAGAUCAUCCAUCCACAGUUUCUGCCCUCGCUUUCAGGGGAGUUGCAAUGGAUCAGUGUAAACUCCCAGAACCCCAGGAACAGCAGGAAAACGGUGAAACAUGUGGUUUAUAG